UUAAUAAAUAUCAAACGAGAAUAAAUUUACUUUAGUAACGUUGAAGUGUAUGUUUAUUUUGCGCCAGUUUUUGUUUAUUGUGAAAUAAAAUUAGUUGUGCGCUGUGGUAACGACGGCAACGUAAAUAACGCAAACAAUACGAAAUUGUAAAGAAUAGUGGAAUAAAUAGGCGGAUAAAAGAUAAAUUUAGAAGAAAAACAAGAUACUAAAUGCGUAUCUGCUGCUAAGUGUGCGAGCGAGAACAAGCUAGCAAGUGAAGUGAGUGAGAGUUACGGAGUGCAGCAACAUUAUUGUAAAGCAGAAGAAGCAACGCCAACGCGCGCUCCCCUCUUCCAUUGCAUUUUGUACUAUUUGUGCUCGUGCUUAGUGUUGGUGGUGGUGCCUGUUACUCUUGAUACGUUUACGUUUUCAAUUGCAUUAAAAAAAUAGAAAAUUAGCUAAAUUAGCCAAAAAUAAGCUAAAUUGGCAACACUGCUUGUGCAACGGCGCUUGCAAUCAAAACAACAGCUGAUAUGCUCACAAAAUGAACAAUAAAGAGCGAGUAGUGGGAGGAGCGGCAAUGAGCCGGGAAUUUAAGCGCAAUUCAAACGCCUACGCAAGCUUGCCCACGCCAAAAACAGCUAAAGAGCAACGUAAGCAACAACAACAGCAGCAGCAGCAAGUGCAAAUUGCAUCAAGAGAGCCAGAGAGUUAUGGUCUCUCGAAUAGUUUGUCAAGCGAAUCAAUAAAGCAAGCCUGCGACUAUUACGACGACGAGCCAAGCGAUGAGGAUCUAAUUGAAAUACAGCAAACGCCGCACGGAUUCCACUCACCACCAAGUGCGCAAAGUUUGGGCUUCAAAAUGCCCGCAUUGCCAUUGGAUGAGGAAUGCGCUGCAUUCUGUGAACACAAUCCGGAGCCGCCGCUGAGCACGCCCAUUAAGCAAAGCACGGCGGAGUCACUGGUGGAUGAGGAAGCUUUCAAUGUGCUCAACGAGCUGGAUGCCAUUUUGGAUGUGCAUGGCAAUUGCAGCUCAUCGCUUAAUUCAAGCGCCACUUGCUCCGAUGAUGAUAAGCUCGAGCAUUAUUUAAUGGACUUGGACAAUUAUCUGGAGCAGCUAGACCAAGAUGAGCCACCACAAUCGCUGCUCUUUGCCGCACAGCUGCCACCAGCUGAUGCACGCACACGCACGUUGCCGCUAAGUGGCAAACGCAAGCAGCAGCCCCAAAGACAGCUGACUGAGGAGUCAGCAGCAGCAGCGACGUCAGCAUUAGAUGCCCAUGAGUUUCAGCGCGGUCAUCAAAUGCGCAAAACUUUCAGCUGCGGUCUGACGCCAACAACAGGUGCAAAAGGCGCUGCGGAAACUGAGGGCAGUGCAGCAGGCGAGGUAUGGCGACGACGUCAGUCGCUGCGACGUGCCUUGGGACAAGCUGAUGAGAAUACCAAAGAGAGCGGCGAGCAAGUGGAGCAGGCGCUGGAGCCACACAUGCUGCUGGUUAAUUUGCCCAGCGAGCGACACGCAACGCAAGAAAUGCGUCGCUGUUUAUCACAGGAGGCGCCACCGGGACGCGCGUUGCAAAUGCUAACCGAGGCGCAUAUCUUUGACAAUUUGCUGCAGAACGAGCAGCGCACAGCGCGCGCUGUUAGCGAGCAGCUGGAGCAGCGACCACGUCAGUAUGGUCGUCGUCUGGAGGGGCAUCCCACUAUGAGUCCAGUGCGUGGCAUUGUAUCGCCAACAAGCCGACCGCAGAGUGCGCCCGCAGCGCAGUCGACGCGACAACGUGAGCAGCUGGAGACGCCAACGCAUGCAAUGAUGUCCACGCUCUGCUCGGAGCUAAGUUCCACACGCUCCUCACGCAUACCCAGUCCGGUGUCCAUGGUGAGCAGCAACAGCAGCAGCAGCAGCAGCUCGGGCAGCGACAGCUUCACCGCCAGCCAAACGGCAGAGCAGCAGCAGCUGGAGCUGGCACAGAAUACGCAGACGACCAUGUGCAGCGCCGGCAGCAGCAGCGUUAGCAAUAGCAUUGCGCCGCUGGAGCCACAGCUGCAGCUGCUGCGUGAGAAAUGUGGCUUCAAUAGCUAUUGGCCGCAUGCCUGCAGUCGCAGCUUGGCGCUGCUUGGCUGCACUGUGGGCGUCUUUAAUCUUUGUCGCUUUGCCGUGCUCACCAUCAACUAUGGCGGCAACUUUCUGCUGCAAUUUCUUAUGCUCUCCAUACUCUUUGGUAUUCCUUUGUUUUGGCUGCAAAUGUGUUUGGGCGCCAAAAUCAAAGCGGGUCCCGUCUCCAUGUGGAAAAUAAGUCCCAUUUGCUGUGGCGUCGGCAUUGCGCUGGUUAUGGUGCAAUGCUUUCUAGCUAUCUAUUCAACGGUAUCGGUUGCCUGGAUCUUGGUUUACCUGCGCGACGUCUUCCCCACGCCCACACGCAGCGUUUACCGCUGGCAGGAGCUAGCCUUUCCCUAUCGCUAUGAUACCAACGAUACGGGCAAUCUGACGCACACUGUGGCCGAGUACUUCAAUGUCGUUGUGCUGCAGCGACUGCACAUGGCCAAGGAUAUGCAUCUGGCCAAGUCGAGUGGUGUGCGCUUCCAUGUUAACGAUCGCCAGCUGGCUUUCUACUUGGCCCUCAUCUGGGCAGCGGUGUUCUUGAUACUCUGCAAGGGUCUAAAGUCGCUGGGCAAGCUCGCAUUUCUCAUCAACACAUUGCCGCUGAUGGCGCUAAUUGCAGUCACUGGCAAAUUUGUGAGCGUGGUGGAUCCAGCAAGUCUUCAGAAUAUUUUUACCGACUUGGAUGACUUUCUGGUGAACUCGAAUACUUGGACGGCGGCUGCACAGGAGACAUUUCUCACCUGGGGACUGCUGGGUGCCUCUGUUAUAGCCAUAACAAGUCGUACGCAUGCAACGGCAGGCAAAACAACCUUAAGGCGAGAUGCUAUAUUAAUAGUGCUGCUAACAAUGUUGGCGCUGGCUGCAGUUGCGCUGCUGGCGAUUUGCUGUGCGCAAAUAUUGCGGCAUCAUGGCUAUAUCUAUGUGCCUGGAUCAUUUGAAUUUCCAGAGAGCUCUACUUCGGUGUAUUCGCUGCAGGCGCACACUAAUCCACAAUUGUUGUCCUAUCCACGCGCAUUGGUGCCACACUAUUCUUCCUUCAUAGGCGAAACCUAUAGACGCAAUAAGACGAUUAUACAUAUUGAAAGCGGAUUUCAGGCGCUGCGUUUUAUUACCGAACUUUUGCCUGCGGUGCUAUCGUUGGCCAGCGAUGUCAUCUCUUGGGUAUGGGCUGCUGUAGCCUUUGGCAUGUUUGCGUGCUUUGGUCUAGCGCAACUGUGCGUCAUGUGGAAACCCAUUUCCAGCGCCUUGGGCAACUCGACCAGCUCCGUGCUGCUAAGCUGCGUCACUGGACUGCUGCUGAGCAUACCCUUUGCCACAGAAAUGGGCAUUUCCAUAUUGUAUUAUGUGGACUUUUUGCUGGGCGGCGCUUGGUUUAUACCCAUUAUAUGGGCAGCGCAAAUCUUUGGCGUCUUUCUGAUACGCGGCCGUCCCUACAAUGGCGAUGAUUUGGUCAAUGAUCUGCGCAUGUGCGGCUCCAUGUCUGCGUUUCUGGCGUUAUCCUGGAAUGUGCUGCUGCCCAUAGGUCUGAUAACGCUCUCUGUGAUUGACUACAAGGCCUCGCUGUCAAAUCAGUUCUAUUAUUGGCGCGGCAAGAGCUAUUUUCUUUACUGGAGCCGCAAAAUGGGCAGCCUUAUACAAAUCGGCAUUGUCUUGAUUAUACCCGUAACGGCUAUAGUGCAAAUCUAUCGCUACUUAACGAGCGGUCCUGCAGACAUAUUGGAGCGCAUACAGCUGCUGUAUCGUCCGCCUGAGGAUGGUGAUGAGCUGCGUCGUCCGUCGGCGCGUCAAAGAUCUGCGCUUGGACGACGUAAUGCUACCACACAGCAGCAGGAACAAGUGCAGCAUGAGCUACAGAAUGAUGCACCGCCCAAGUAUACACCGCCGCCGUCCUAUACAACUGCCACGGGUGCCCGUUUGGCCAAACUUUUGCGUCAGAGCAUUCGACGCAGCGUGCGUCGUGUACUUGGCGCACGUCCCGUCUUAACACUUGAUGCCGAAUCACCCUCGAAUGCUGCGCCGCCUGAUUAUCUCACCAUACUGACCAAUCCCUCGGGCUCAAGUGUACACACCACUGACGUUGUUGAUAGCAGCAGUCCCGAGUCCAUUGAGAUUGAUCAGCGUCCAGUUGGUUACGCACAACGUUCACAGUCGCUUGGCCGCAAGCUGCAGCGUCCCGCCUCGGCCUCGAGCACGCCUACGCUGCAGCGUGGUCAGGGCGCACAGGAACAACAACGUCCCUAUACCGCAGAGGAUGUGGUCACCAUAUUGCGUUCCUCUGUGCGUCAUCGUCCGCCUCGCUUCAGCGCUGGCAUUGCCCACACGUUGCCACGUCCGCCCGCCAUGUCCACACAUCUGGAGGAUGCCUCGUUUCGUUCGAUUGAGAAUCUAGUGCUUAAUGCCGAGCCACCAGAUCAGACGCCUGGCGUGGGCGUCACACUGACGCAGCAGCGUGCGGGUCAAAGUAAUAAUAAUACAUCUGUGAUUUAAUGACUAAUAUCGUACACAUAUACUAAUACUACUGAGAGGAUCACAUAUCUGCUUUGCUUUCUAGACUUGAUUAGCACCUAGUUAUACACGAAUACUAUUUUGUAGCUCUCUAGAAUAUACUACUAUAACGAAUUAUAUAAUAUAUGUAU